GGCUCCUUAUCACAACGCCAUUCUAUCACCCCACUUUUUUCAAAGCAGAAAACUUGUUAGAAAGAAAGAAAUGGCAACAAGUGUAGCAGGAGUGAGCCUCUCGACCCCAAGAGUCUUUGCCAGGGCGGCAGAGACACCCAAGGUUAUUAAGCCAGCUGGGCUGAGCUUCGGCUACUCGGGUGGCCAGGUGGGUUCGGGUCGGAUGAGCAUGAUCCGACCGGUGGCAGCUGCCCCGGAUAAACUAUCGGAGAAGGUGCAGGAGAGCAUCAAGGAGGCGGAGCAGGCGUGCUCGGAGGACCCGGCGAGCGGGGAGUGCGUGGCGGCGUGGGACGAGGUUGAGGAGCUGAGCGCGGCGGCCAGCCACAAGCGCGACAGCGAAAAGAACAAGGACCCCUUGGAGACUUACUGCAACGACAACCCCGAAACCGACGAGUGCCGUACUUACGACAACUGAUGAUCAAGGUUGUCUGUCUGCAUGUCCCGUCAUGUUUUAGAUUUCGUAGUACUACUUGUUUCGUUUUAUGUUGAAACUAAAUUGAAGCUGUUGCCUGCGUGAUCAUA